UCCGAAUCUCAUUUCUCCCGCUAGGCUUUUGGGAAUCGUGCCAAACUGUGAAAUUAUAAGAGUAAGGGGGUACGAAUGAAAAACCUUGUAAAUUUCCAUUGACUCGCUACUUACCAAUAAAAACCCUUCUUCUGACAGAGGAAAGAAGAAAGUAAAAAGUUGAAAAUCGGAGUUCGAAUUUCACAUCCAUCAUCGAUCGUCGUCUUCGAUCUCUUCCCUGUUGUUAGUCACUCUCUCUUCUCGAAAAUUAUUACGAUCGUUCUGGAAGAGGAAGUCAGACUUCUGAAAUCUACUCAGACUGUAUUGGAGUCGCCAAAUUCCUGAUUCGAGAAGAUGCUUCCUCUUUCGCUUCUCAAGACUGCUCAAGGGCAUCCAAUGCUUGUGGAGCUCAAGAAUGGGGAGACGUAUAAUGGGCACUUGGUGAAUUGUGAUACAUGGAUGAACAUUCACCUGCGUGAAGUCAUUUGUACAUCAAAGGAUGGAGAUAGGUUUUGGCGAAUGCCUGAAUGUUACAUCCGUGGCAACACAAUCAAGUACCUCCGAGUUCCAGAUGAGGUGAUUGAUAAAGUACAGGAGGAGAAGACCCGCACAGAUAGAAAACCACCAGGGGUUGGGCGAGGAAGAGGGCGAGAAGGUCCAAGGGGCAUGGGACGUGGUAUGGACGAUGGUGCUGCCAGAGGCCGAGCCCGAGGCCGAGGAGGUUCAAGUGGAAAGAUGGGCGGCAGAUGAGAAAAAAUUCUGGAUUGUUUACCUGAUAAUUGUAUUAAUGUGCCAUCAUUUUGGAAUGAAUUUUAUAUUUUUCUUGCAAUUUGAUGGUUUGUAAUGGGUGAAAUAUUAAUUUGUGAAAGAUGCGAGGUAACUGUUUUUUUUUUUUUUUUUUGUCAUUCCUUUCGUGCAAGAAGAAAUUUAUCUGACAGUAGAUUUCAUAACUUAA